GUCUACUAUUGCGGAAGAACACGGCCAAGAUACCGCUAAUUCGAAGUUCUGGGCGACAUACAAGAAAGUUUCGGACGAGUAUGACGACGACUUCUUAGAGCGGGCGAAUGAUGAUAUGGGCGUUAUCCUGACUUUUGCUGGUCUACUCUCAGCUGUCAACUCUUCAUUCAUCGGCGGUAUGCAGCCUGACCCUGGAAAUACUACCAAUGUCCUUCUGCUAAAGUUGAUACAAAUUACUGCCAACCCAAACUCCGUACAUGACAUCAGCAAUCUUUCCUCGUCUGAGAAUUAUUCCUCUUUGACCGUCUGUAUGCAGACUUUUGCCUAUACCAGUCUUGUGUUUAGCGUCUUGGCCGCGUCGGGGGCUGUCUUGGGAAAGCAAUGGCUUAACUCGUACAAGGCAGCUCGGGGAAGGGGGUCUUUGGAGGAGCGCUGCAUGCAGAGGCAGAUGAAGCUGGAUGGACUAGAGAAAUUUCAUCUGCGGACUCUCAUGCAGGCAUUCCUUGUGUUCCUACAGAUUGCGCUACUGCUAUUUAGCGUCUCGCUAUGCAUCAAGACGUGGACCGAGCGAGUCAUGAUAUCCGGUUUCAUGAUCUUCGGCACAGCUUCCGGUGUUGUCUUCUACUUGUGGACUACGGCUGUCUCAGUGUGGUCUCCUCACAGUCCUUUCUGGACACCGGGCUCAAAACCAGCUGGAGCUAUUAGGAAAGUCUUCACAGGAGCGACUUCGCCUCCUAACACAUCCGGAAUAUCUCGAGGCUGCGGCUGCCAUGGUGCCUCUCGCGCAGUGGUCACGGGAGCUUGAUGCUUCAGCAGUAUACAAACGCCUACGUGAUAACUUCAGGGCGCGUUGUAAAGAGGAAGCGGUGUAUGUGAAGUAUGGGAAGGCCAUGGCCCAUCUUUGCAGCCAGUCGGUGAAAAUCGAUCCAAACUUUCUUACCAAAUUUGGCU